GAAAACUGAGAAGAGAAACGAAGAGAAGGCAAACACACACACACACGCACACGCUCUCAUUUACACUCACACUCACACACACACACACACACACAGAAGACUGAUAAACAAAACUCUGCUUCGGAACCAGGGUAUGCUCGAUAUUAUUUUGGAAGACAUUUGAUUUAUUUAAGCGGAAAAAAGAUGCAGUUCAUGCUGCUCUUCAGCAGGCAAGGCAAGCUUCGCCUGCAGAAAUGGUACGUUCCACUGUCCGACAAGGAGAAGAAGAAGAUCACACGUGAGCUGGUGCAGACCGUCCUGGCACGAAAGCCCAAGAUGUGUAGCUUUCUGGAGUGGAGAGACCUCAAGAUUGUUUACAAAAGAUACGCCAGUUUGUAUUUCUGCUGUGCCAUCGAGGACCAGGACAACGAGCUGAUCACCCUGGAGAUCAUUCAUCGCUACGUGGAGCUGCUGGAUAAGUACUUUGGCAGUGUGUGCGAGCUGGACAUUAUCUUCAACUUUGAGAAGGCCUACUUCAUCCUCGACGAGUUUCUUUUGGGUGGAGAAGCUCAAGAGACGUCCAAGAAGAACGUCUUGAAGGCGAUCGAACAGGCUGACCUGCUGCAGGAGGUAUGAAGUGUUUAUCUGUGGGCUUGCUCUGUUUUGAGUUGUGUGUGUCUGUCUGUGUGUGUGUGUCUGUGUGUGUGUUUUUUGCAUCUCUCCUCCCCAGCCCAGACAUGAAUACUUUAACGUGCCUGUGUACUGAUUGGCUGUUGGUGGCUGCCCGUCAUGCAUGCUGAGCCCCUCCCCCUUGCACGGUGUGCCUGCUGGUCUUCCUCUUCCACUACCGUCCUAUCAGAAUGCAGCAUCUCUGGGUCUCCAGUCUCAUCGUCAUCCAGUGUGUGUGUGUGUCUGUGUGUGUUGUUCAUGCCACAUUCACCAUACACCCAUUGCCACAUUCCUUUUCUCUGCUCUCUUUCUCUCUCUCACACACACACACACACACACACACACACACACACACACACACACACACACACACACAUACACUCCUGUGUACCUUCACCCCUCAUCUACCUGUACCUGUGUGGAAUCAGUGAGAGCUCCCCCUAAUGGUCAUUUUUUUCCACAUUAUCCAGCCUGCAUGGUUCAAAUCUAUUUGUGUAUGAUUGGAAUAUAAAUCAUAUGAUUGGUGUUUUGUUUGUUUUUUUGUUUUCAUUCUAAACAAUUUUCCACCAAAUCCUUUCUGUAACGUCGACUGUUUGAUGCACUGUGUAGAGGUUUUAAAUUCUGAAGAUCAGGCUUCUGAAAGAAACUUAAUGCACCCGUAUACUUUUAUAAGUUAAAAGUAGAAAUCCACCCUGAACCAUGCGCCUAUCAGUAUAUCUAAUUCACAUGUGAUCUUUACUGGUGUCAGCUCUACCUAAAGAGACCGAUGGAGCAGCGCUUUAGUCCUUUAGUCCGUCCAGCUCUCUCAUUUAUAUUCUCUGCUCAAACAGAUCAGCUUCCAAAGCUUUCAUGCCAAUACCACUGUCAUCGCGCUCGUAGAUCUCUAACUAGUCGGGUCGAGUGUUCCGUAACUCGUAUCGCUGCGUUGCAUUCUGGACCUUUGAGUCCAAUGUUUGCGUCAGCGUCUCCACUGUUUAUUCGUCGGAUUUCUCGUUAACAUGACGUUGAAGUCUUAAAAACGGCGAGCGAGAAUAGAAACUCUCACUCUUUUCGUUUUCAGGGCCGAAACCUGAACGUUAUCACUUAGGUUUGAGAUCCAUAACUGAGCUAGCAAUAACAGUGUCUUCGGGUGACAUCGGAGCGGCUGCCAACUUCUCACAGGAACAACAAAAAUACCGCACCAACCAAGAAAUUCACACCAGAUACUAAACAUAUUCAACAUGAUUCAGGGUGAAGUGUAUUUGUUGUAGUUGUUGUUUUUUUCCUUUACUAUGCUGGAAGGUUUGUUUGUGCGUUAUGGACGAGACAUUGUGGAGUAUAUGUAAUAUUUCAAAAGACUCUGAUUUUCUCAUGACUUCUUGAGAAUAUGGUGAGGAUCUGUCAGUCAGUAUUUGUUGUGUUUAUACUGCAUGUCUGUAGUUGUAUAGAGCUAGUAGACAUCACAGGGUUGCCAGAAUGGACUGUUUCCAGCCUUAUACCGUUUAGUCAGCUUAGUGUUUAUAGUAUGCCUGAACACUAAAACAUGAUGUGUAAAUGGUUGAUUGGAGUUUGGGUCAAAGGUAUUGAGGUAUUUCUGAAAGCGUUACAUAUCUGGCAUGUUUCAUAGCUAACUUGAUUUUUUUUUUUUUUUUUUUUUUUUGCAAUAACAAACAGUGGUUUUGAUGGAUAUGAUGAGUGUAUAUUUGUGACAAAUGUUUAAAAAAAAAAAAAGAAGAAGAAAAUUAAUAGACAGGAAAUCCAAUCUGGCAACCCAGUGCAUCCACUCAGCAAAUAUAAUUGUUGUUAGAAAUGUGAAUUUGAAUACAGAUCAGGAGGAAAUCAGGUUUGAACUUCAUGUAAAGUGUUGUAGCAUGAGCAAUGCUAAUGAUGUGAAAGGUUGACUGACGAAUAACUGCAUAAUACGAUUAUUGAAACAGUCCAGACAGGAUUUUGCCUAGUUAUUUUUUUUUUAUUGUUGCGGCCAAAAAUGCUUGAAUUUGCUGCGGCUUUUUUCAAGCUUUGCGAUGCAACUUGUGUUUUUUGUUUGUGUGUGUUUUUUUUCGAUGCGGAAAACUACUUAAAUUGGCGAAAUUGAAAUUGGCACGAAAUUGUUUCGCGCAGUCUUUCGCAGUGAUGUUUGUCGGUAAACGAGACCUUUUAGCUGUUUUCACGUUCGACGCACGUGAAACGAAGGGGGCUUUGGCGGACCGCGUGUCGUGAUGCUGUCACGCGAUGCGUCUCGGCCUGAAUCUGCGGUCAUUUUGAAAAAUUGCAAGCUCCUGCGAAGACUGCGGAGUUUCCUCGAUUUUGCGUUCAUUUCUGCGAUCGCAAAAUGGCGAAAUCCCAGAAGGACUGGUUGAAACAGUUGCACAGUGUAGCAGCCUGUGUUAGGAAAUAAUUUCCAAGAUUACAGCGUAAUCAACAACGUAAUCGAUUUUGUAUCUCAAGUGUGCAGAGUUGUAUUAGUUUUGUCGGAAUCUGUUUUGUUAACAAAGACGAAUAAAGUGAUGAUUAUUUCGAUUGA